CCACCCCCAUCCUCCAGCCCUUAUCGACCAUGAGCAGCAAGACCCACCCCCCGCUAAUGAAGAAGCACAGCCAGACGGAUCUGGUGAGUCGCCUGAAAACCCGGAAGAUGCUGGGGGUCGGCGGAGAGGAUGAUGACGGAGAGGUUCACAGGUCAAAGAUCAGUCAGAUGCUUGGAAACGAGAUGAAGUUUGGUGUACGCGAGCCAAUCGGCCUCAGAAUAUGGAUUUUCAUGUCUGCUGUCCUAUUCACGACUAUAGCCUUCAUAGCUCUGGCGUUUCCCAGUCAGCUGUAUGAGUUUGUGUUCGAGAUUCGCACCACCAGGAUCUCCAUUCGACUGUACGGAGGAGCGCUGCUCAGUGUGUCCUUGAUCAUGUGGAAAGGUCUGUACACGGCAGAGAAGGCCAUCAUCCAGUGGACCCUGUUGACCGAGGCCUGCCUCUUCGCUGUCCAGUUCCUAGUGACCACCAUCACCCUGAUGGAGCUGGGUCUGCUGUCCAACUCGGCCAUCGUCCUCCUCCUCAGCGAAGUCCUUUUCCUCAUCAUCACACUCCUGUACUAUUACCAUCUGGGCCGUCGGACCAAGAAGACUCAGAAUCAUACAUUUAGCAGCUGUGAUUAGACCAGCGAUACCUGAAGCGGGCCACCGGGCCCUCAGCCUUUUAUACAUCGGCUGUUUGAUGUGUGCCAAAGCUACCCUGUCAAGCAGGAAGACUGUCAUUUCCAUUUCCAGUAGUAAAUAUGACUUGGAUGCAUUCGUGUGCUUUAAACCUGUUGAGAAAUGCUGAUUGGUUGAUGACACACAAAGUCCCUCGACCAAACGUUAAACUACAGCUGUAGGUGUAUUCCUUUCAAUUAACCUUUUUGUUGUUGCAAAACAUUCACCUUAAAACAAAAGAUUAUUUGCGGUCCUUACCAGCAUGUGGUCAACACUAUCUUCCACUAACUUGGUUAAAAACACAGUCUACAUGACUUUGCUUAAAAAAACAAUUCAAACCAAUUCUCCAACAGGUCCUUCAUUGGUGGAAACAGGCAGGCUAAUGUUGUAGUAGACUGGACGUGUUGAACGGCUGAGGGUUACGGGAACCGGUUCUAGAUGCCCUGGAUUAGACCCAGAAGAUCCAGAGCUAAUGUACAGCCCAAUUUCUCAUUGGACGGAUCUUCCUUUUUGCGUGAAGGAAAGAUGUUACGUUAAACGGUCGUUCAUGACCCGUUCAUGUAACUCUGCCAAGUUUUGUUAACUUCGACCGUUGGAAGAGUUGCAUGUUAAGCUCCCUUGACGAGUUUAGACUGUGGCUUCAAAAGUAGCUCUCGGCUGUGAUUGCUUGCCCUCCCAGUAUUGUUCCUGCGUCCCAAAUGGCACGCUAUUCCCAAUUUGGUCCAUUAGGGUACUUUUGAGUGCGGUUGCCGAUAGGGCUCUGUUGACGUCGUCCACACGGAGAGUAGGGGGUAGGGGGGGACCAUCUGGGACGCACACCAGGCCAGGUUUUGUUUAGACGGCCACAAGUGGUUUCUCAUCCACGGAAGUCCAUCUGCUUCACAGACAGACCUUCGUCGGAGGGUUUAGCGGUUGUAGAACUGGCGUAGACGAUGCCAGAGAGUUGGUUUUGUUUGGGGUCCAGUCGAAAGGAUCCUGUCUGGUGUUCCGCUGUCUGUGGGUGUUUCUGGGAGAAGGACCAUGGCUGUUUGUCUGCAUCUGUUGUAGUUGGUUUUUAGCUGGAUUGAUAAAAGACUGUAACAACGAACCAAUUAGGCUAAUGAGUCUUUACAGUUUUUGAUAUGGUAACCAAGGCGCAUUGCUGGAGAAUCAUUGACUUAUCUGGCUAACUAAAGGUAAAAUAUAAGGCAGGGUUGUUUAGAGAAAAUGGAAGGUAAAUCUUGUCAGGUUGCCUCAGGCAUCUUUAUUCACAAUUAAAUGGCGUGUGUUCAGUUAAACAGAGUGUACUUUGGAUUUGUAGCACCUUUUGAUAACUUUCUGCUGACAACAAGCAACGUCAUUCUCUUAAUGUCUGUAUUCCUCAAUACAGCACGUCUUUCAGUGCAUUUUGGGACCAUUUUUAAUCAUGAAUGGUGUAAAUGCUUUAAGUUGUGUUUAAAUGUUAUUGUGUCUCUAUUUUAAAUGUAAUUUGAGGAGAAGUAUAUAGACAAAGUAUUGUAUUUUGCAAAUGCAACGUUAUGUAUAGAUGGACAACAAUAAAUGUACAACUUUU